AUGCCCGCCUUGGCCAUUAUGACGCAGACAGGGCUUGCCAACGCUGUGCAGAGGGAGGUGGUGGUGGUGGGCGGGGGAGUCGCAGGACUGUCGGCAGCCAAGACUCUAAUCGCAGAGGGCGUGAGGGAUAUAAUUCUGCUGGAGGCCCAGGACUAUCUCGGAGGAAGAGUCAAGACCUACAGGCAAGACGGCAUCCUGACGGAAGACGGGGCCGAAUGGAUCCACGGCGGCCGGGCCAACCGCCUCUACGGCCUCGCGAGGAGACUGGGCGCCCUCGCUGACCGGGUCCCUGAUUCUGCAUACGCCUGGAGAGCCAAAACGGAGUCGGGGCGGAAUCCCGACUUGGCGGGUUUUGACGUGGCCGAAAGCCUGUACGAAAUCUGUGAGAGAAACAAUGUGCUCCCCCAGUACAGCGACGACGGGUACGGGAAAUGCUACGCCGACAGGUUUCCGAUGAAGUACAGACGCUACCGAGCGAGGCGAUCGGAAAGCGAUGCUUGGCUUCAUUACCUGGAGAUGUGGGUGAACAAAGACACGGGCCUCGACGACUGGAUGCACCAGUCGGCACGCGACGCCGACCGCUUUACCGACUGGGGCUUCGACCAGUGGGACCAGUGGCGCAGAGGGUACGACGCUCUCGUCCAUCAUCUUACAAAAGCCAUUCCAGAUGGAAAGAUCAGGAUGGUUUCGCCCGUUUGCAAAAUUUUCUGGGAUCAAGGCGAAGACGCCCGGGCCCUAGUGGUCACUCAGGACGGUGCCUCCUACCUGGCCGACCACGUUCUCGUCACGGCCUCUGUCGGCCACCUCAAGGAGCGCCAGGCUAGCCUCUUCGAGCCCGCCCUGCCGCAGAAAUACCGAGAAGCAUUGGCGGUAACGGAGCUUGGACUCGCGGACAAGGUGCAGCUGGGAUGGGAGUCCCCAUGGUGAGGACACACAAACUUCAGCCUCAACAUCAUAUUCACCAAUAAUAUCCUAGGCGAAAGAUCUUGGCUAAAAGGAAUCAUGGAAUUCCUGACAGUACAUAAUCAGGGAAACAUGCUGCAAGCAUUCGUCCCAGGAGAGUAUGCCAAGACGAUGGAAAAUCUCGGCGAGAAAAAAGUAAAGCAGCACCU